GUCUUUCUUUCCUUUUUCUUCUGCUUCUUCUCCCACCAUUUCUGCAGAGGUAAACAAAAGAGCUAGCUCCCAGAGUUCUUUCUUCUUCGUGGAGAUCUAAAGAAGAAACAACGUCUUAUCUUUUUCAUCCCGAUCUUCAGAAAGUAGGAACCUUUGCAAGAAACGAGAAGGAGAAGAGGCAAUGGCGGCUACAUAUUGGUGUCAUAUAUGUUCACAAACGGUGAAUCCAGUCAUUGAUGCCGAGAUCAAAUGCCCCUUUUGCCGAAACGGAUUCGUCGAGGAAAUGAGCAGCGGUGAGCUUAAUGAUGGCAGCAGCAGUAGCAGCAGCAUAAGAGAGGUUCAAGAUUCAGAGAUCGAUUUCGGUACAGAGGGUCCAUUAGCUGAUUUAGCUCUCUGGGGUCCAGUCUUACUUGGGAUGAUGAGCAGCAAUCCUCGGAGACGUACAAGGUUUAGAGAGUUCGGAUUCGAUAAUGAUGAGGUCAAUGUUGCUGCUGCUGAUGGAAAUGAGAGCAAUGUUGAUACUCAUCAUCAUCAUCAUCAUCAACACCGUCGUCAUCAUCGCCACAUGCAUCAUGAUUCUAUCAUUAGGAGGAGACGGAGAAGCUCAGCUGCGAUAUUGCAGUUGAUUCAGGGCCUUCGUGAAGUGAUUAACACCGAGGAUGAGCACUCCCAGUUUGUCAGAACCCGUUUAGCCCUCUUGAUUGAACAUCUAGCUAAUAACAACGAUCCAAUCAGGAUCAGGCACGGGACUCUUCCAGCACGUAAGGAAGCAGUGGAGAAUCUACCCACGGUUAAGAUAUGCGAGCCGUUGCAGUGUUCUGUUUGUUUGGAUGAUUUCGACAAAGGAAGUGAAGCUAAAGAGAUGCCGUGUAAACACAAGUUUCACGUCGGGUGUAUAGUACCGUGGCUUGAGCUUCACAGUUCGUGUCCUGUGUGCAGACAUGAACUACCUCCUGAUGAUGAUGAUGAGGUAAAGACUGAUCUGGUAAGACCGAGAACAACAAGUGUAGAAGAGAUCAACACAAGUAAUGAGAAUGUGGAAGAGGAUGCAAGGAACACUAGUGGGAGCGAGAGAAGGUUCUCGUUACUGUGGCCGUUCAGCUGGUUAUUCUCUUCCUCGGCUUCUUCAUCCGGUUCAGGGUCGUCUCAGCUGAAUGAGAACUCAAGUUCAGGAUAAAGGAUUACAAAUUAGAAACAAAAACUAUCUCUGCCUCACCCUUUCUCUUAGGUCACAGUUCAUCAGCUUGAAGUAAAUCAAAAUCUUUUAAACACUUUUGAGGAAUGGAAUGGUUUCUUUCUUUGUGUGUA